AUGUCGCCGUUCUACAACUUUGACCAGGAAGUGACACACAGCCGCAUGGAAAAAGACGCAAGUGUGAGCAGUUCUGACUUCGCCGUGCGACCCGUGGAGACGACAACGAGUUCAGCAGUCUCUGAGGGUUGGUUCAGUUCGGCUUCCAAUCUUUCUGACAAUCCUGUCAAGAGCGGUAAGCGAGAUGGAGGACGCACGGGCUUUCUCAAGGUACCUUUCGGGAAAUUGUUUAGGAAACCGCGAAGUCUGCGACGUUUCACAGAAAAGUCUAAGAAGCGUAAUAAGGCAGAUGCUGCAUUUCCGUCCAGGGAAGAGAACGACUUCGCAUCCACGGGCACGCUCUAUGCAAGCGAACUGGAGAAUUCCAACCUGCUCGCCGUGAGUCAGGGUUGUGCGUCGGACCCUUUUGGUGGGAUGACGGACGCAGAAAAGUCGCCGAAAUUACAGAAGAAGACUACUUCAACAACCGUCAGCAGUUCCUCCACAACACCAACACUCCUCGAAGAUCCGGGCCAGCAUUUCGCAUUCUCUUCAGCCGAAACAGAAAUGCGUAACGUGCGACGGAAUAUAAAACGCCUGACUGAUAAAAUUAGUAGCGAGAAUGUAGGCAGUGAGACGAUGCUUCAUAAGUCUAAACCAGCAAGUCUGGAGAUUGAAAACCACUCUGUACGACUUCAAGUUCGAGAUGAAGAGGAAAGUCGGGAGGAAAUAAGGGAAAAGCAACAUCCUUGUGUUUCGCAGCAUGCUUUAAAACAGGAGCAAAAUUGCCUACAGACGGCCACGACGGAGCCCCAGAAUUGCGAGGACUUUAGGACUCUCAACAUUAUGAAGGAUCUCAGUGAUGUUAAGCAGAGAUUUGCCCUACCCCCUGGGAAGUCUCCAGACGGAAUCCGUGGAGCAGUCAAGCAAACUAUACCUGGCGGUCCUGCAGUAUCACAAGGCCAAUCCGAAUACAACUGUGGGAAGAUUAAGCGACAUUUUUCCCUUCCGACUUCGUCUGCAGUGUUCUGUGAUCCCGGUAUUCGAACUAAUGGUUCUUACGACUUUCGUUGUGAAAAGAACCAAGAGGAGCUUGGGACAGCGUCACAAACCACAGCAAUCCAAGUGUUGCAGGAUUUGAAGGUUUACGUGCAAAAUCUGACUGCUGAAGUGCAGAAGUUUAAGCAAGAACAGAAGUCCCUAGUCGAACCUCCCAUGCUUCCAAGUCUCGAAUCUCUGAGUGUGGAGGACACCCUGCGCUUGGUGGACGGUCCACCAUCGAGAGCCGUGCCGAAGUCGACAGAGUCGACCAGAAACAAAAGCCAAGAUGUUGUGCUUCGAACACUGAAGGAUUUAAAAGCACAGCUGCGCGGCCUACAUGCGAAUCUGGAUGGCAUAUCUCGUAGCCGGGAGGAAUUCACUGGUAGCCCACUGGGACUCGAACCCAUUUUUGAGGCCACCCUGCUUCAUACGUUGGCAGAUCUUAAGGCAAAACUAAAGGAGCUUGCGAGUGACAUGCAUCUCAGGCACCGUCAAGUUGACUGCUUGGAGAGUUCAAGUCAAACAGAAGUACCCAGUGAUAAGGCGAUGAUUGAACCAGCUGCAGAAUUGAAAGACUUGAAGAGGAGACUUUAUGAAGACAUUAUGAGAUCGUGUUUCAGUCACAGUGGACUCACAACGCCAACAAAGGAAUUAGUGUCACAGAGGACCAAACAGAUACCUACCAGGGUAAAACAAGUAUCCACCGGUGUUCAGUGUGAGGACCCCAGGAGAGAUGAGUGCAUCCAGCGGUGCCUCACCGUCCCUGACGAGAAACCUGCGCCAAACUUAAAAACCCAAAGUGACACUGCGUGUUCACCGUUGGAAGACAAUCCUGGACUUGAAACAAAUACCAAUCAGAGCGCUAAAACUUGCGACCAGUCAACACAAGUCAUAGCAACUCCCGAUCCGCUCUAUCUGAAGACACUGGAAGAGAUCCGAGCGAGCAUGACGCUCAUCAGCGAGGAAUUGCUGAAACACAGUUUGCCGAGCUGCUCCUGCACGACGAAGUCAGACGCCAGUGGCAUGCAUUCUUCCAUAUCCGGUACGGAUCCAUUCCUUCUGGAAAUUCUUGAGGAAAUUAGGGACAGUGUACAGAGCGUACAGAAAGAAAAACCCGUUAAUGCUCAUCCUACUGAAGUGUCCAAUCUCACUGAAGUCAUGACUGCACUGAACGAUAUUCGUAACAGCCUUUCGGCCCUACAGAACGAGAAGACACAGGUUAAACCAGCCGAGCCCGAACGAACAUGUGGGCCACCGCAACCAAUAACGAACAUGGGAGACACGCCAUCGAGGGGGAAGUUGCCCAACCCCAGAACCGCAUGCGAGUGGAGUUCAUUUUCUGCCUCGGAAAUGGAGGAAGAGGACGAUGAGUACGACAGCAGUGACCCCACUGAAGAGAGCUUUGCCAGUGGUCAUGUGAACCGGCGAACGAAAACUGCCAACUGUGAUGACAAGAUGGGGACGCGCAUGCAACCAUUUACUAGGCAUUCAGGAACAGCUGCUACAGAGCGGACUAGCAGACGACAAAAGAGUGCUGUUCCAGGAACUAGUGGUAAAGCCUGUAGAAAACUUGCGCGCCUCCUAGACCUGCUGGAUGAAUGUGAGGAGGAGAGUGAGCUGUGCCUGAAAGUUCCCAAUUCGUACUCCAUUGUCAGCAAGGGAAGGAAAAAUAGAGACCAAACCGAUAGAAGGUAUGCAUCACCACCUGCAGCAUCCCCAGUUCCGUCUUGUCCUCCUCCCCAUCCUACUCGGUCAUCUUUCCCUCCCUUCGUAACCUUUCCAUCUCCGUUUCCACCAUUUGCGUCAGUGGGCUAUUUCAGACCACCGCCCUCAGUGCCACCGCCUAUGCAACAGCCCCCCGUGGUUCCACGCUGGUACCCUCCGCUUCCCCACACCCAACCACUGCCACCGCCUCAAGCACAGCCACCUCAUCCGACCUACGUCACCGGUCCGGCACCCGCCGAGGGCAUGCCGAAAUCUUUCACUCUCAGUUUCACUGACAAUACAUCAGAUGAUAGGAAGGGUGCCACGAUAUCUGGGCGAAAGUUUCUCUGUACCCAGAUGCUGGAAUAG